AAAGACCCUCAAACAUCAACUUCUGUUAAAAAUCUCUAUCGAGACAAGAAACUUUGAAACGUGGGAAACUUCACUUACUUUUACAAGCGUCAACAAGAUCGCUGUCGCUUAAAGAAUAAGUGAACAUAGCCUAAAAUGACUAAAACAUUGACUUCCUGGGAUGCUACAGGCUGUUUUCUCUGGCCUAGCGGGCGCUUGAUUGGCAGGUCGGUAACAAGAACAAAGUACAAAUACUGUUUUUCACAUUCUUGGGAUAAAACAGUUUAUUUCUCUUUGAAUAUUUCAUCAGAAUUUAAUGUAUGCCAGUCAAAGUUAGCAUAAUGGGUGAUUGAUGGUCUAAUGCAUUUUAUGGCUCCUCUGAAACCAUUGCCGAAACAUUUAUAUUCAUUUGACGAUUUUAGGUGAUAAGGUUUUGAAUCUUGAAAAUGCCGCAUAAUCAUUUAUUUGGUCGCCAUGGCAGCCUUUACUCUGGCGGUGUGAGCAACUGAUGUUAAUUUUUCUUCGCUCAAUACAACGGUUAAACUGCGAGCUUUAUUGAAUAAAAUGACUUGUCAAAGAUUGCUAUAGAAACGUUCAGAUUAUUUAGUACAAAGAUUCAUGCAAACUUUGAACAGAAGAACCCUUGGAAUAUUAUUUAAUCGUACACUGCCCCACGAGAUAUUUUUGUUUACGCAGGAAAAUGGUUUAGAUAAUGAUAAGCUUGAGCAUUGAAAGACUAACUUGAGUGAGAAGUGGUUGGAGUAGAAAUAGUGCGCACUGGUAGGAAUGGAUUUAACUCUCCUUUAGGACCUAAAGAACAUCUGGUGGAAAAAUUGACAACAUAGACGUCACAUGUGUAGGAAAUCAUUUGAUGUCCAGACUGAUGAUGGACUGUUUCUUUUCUGGACUUUUGCAUAUUUGGUUGGGUUAGUUUAGACUGUAAAUUGAGAAUAAAAACACAAGAAAGCUUUAGUUGGAUUCUGUAUAUUUACGUUAUGCAAAAGCUUGAAAUGGAAAACAUGCAAAGAGCAGUUAUCGGAUAUCCAAAGUUGUCCGUCAAGGCAGAUCAUUUUCCUGAUGUUAUAGACGAAUUCAAUGCUAAAAUCAUACAAAGGGAAGAAGUUGAAUUGUCUGAUGAAGAGGGAGAAAUUUGCAACAUCGACUUGAGCAGAUGUGAGUCGGAGGACAGCGACUGGGAUACCGACCUGGAGGAGCGCAAUUCCUCAACUGGCACUGCUAAUCAAGCAUCGAGAGGAGAGAAAAUAUAUUUGAAAACCUGCAAAUCCUUAAAAAUAACUCCAUCGAACCACGUGCUAAAAUCGCUCAAAACAUCAGUAUUGCAUGCAAGGCAUCGGGCCAUAGGCCCUAAGGAAAUCCAAUCGAUUGCUGAUGCACUAAUCACUAACACCUUUGUAAAGACACUUGACAUAGAGGCCAACAAUAUUGGACCUGUUGGUACAACUUUGAUUUGCCGUGUAUUGCAGGAAAACUGUUUUAUUACAGACGUCAACCUGGCAGAGAAUGAUAUAGGAUCGAAAGGAGCAGCAGCACUAGGAAGUAUGCUCAAGUCUACUCGAAGCCUUGUAAAUGUUAAUUUGAAAGGAAAUCGACUGAGUGACAAAGACAGUACUGCACUUUCUCAUGGCAUUGCAGAAAAUGACACAGUCAAACGACUCAACCUAAGCCACAAUGAAUUCAGGUCAGCUGCCGGGCGUGAAAUUGGCUCAGCAAUAGCGACAAAUCAAACACUGGUGGAACUGAAUCUAAGUUGGAAUCACUUGAGGAUGGACGGAGCCAUAGCUAUUGCAAAUGCAAUGGCCAAGAACUCGUCCAUCGAGGUUCUAAAUUUAAGCUUUAAUGGCUUCUCAGACAACGGUGCAGCUGCAAUGGGAAAUGCCCUAGCGCAUAAUGAUACAUUGAAGUCACUUGAUUUAUCUCACAAUAGAAUUUCAGACGUGGGUGCUAUUGCUUUGAGCAAAGGCUUGGCAAAAAAUGUGGCACUACAAAGAUUAAAUAUCGGAUACAACCCGAUAACCAGUUCUGGGGGAUCCGCCCUUUUAAUGGCAGCUAAAGAGGCAAAAGAGCUUAUAGAAUUGCUUAUGAAAGAUAUCUUUCUAGAUGAAGAAGCAUUUGAGAUCAUUCAAGAACUCGUGCGCUCUAGAACUAAGUUGGAGGUUACAUACCAAGGAAUAACAAAAGAUUCUGGUGCUGGAUUGCGGAAAAAUGAGCUUGCUCUAUUGAAGAAAAAGAUUUUUGAUAAGAUCAGGCAGUACUUAAAAGAAAAGCGUCUGAGAAUGAUUGACUUGUUCAACAGAUGGGACAAGGACAAAAGUAUGACUUUAUCAAGGAAAGAGUUUCAGAUGGGAAUAGCAGCUGCCAGUAUUCCAUUAUCAGCUGAUAUGAUAGAAUUUUUAGUUAAUCAACUUGAUAGUGAUAAAAACGGACAGGUUGGUUACGAUGAAUUCGUUGCAAUAUCAGAUUUUGGAUUUUGGAUUUCUGUACUUAUGCCUUUAAAGGCACCAGUCAACCGUUCAGAGUUAGCCAUAAAUGUCCUGCUAGCCAACCUUUCAGAGUUAGCAACAUUUGUGAAAGAGAAAAAAUUUAGACCGCAGUCAAUAGAAUCAACUAAGUCGCCAAAACAAAUACUUCGAAGAAAGUUGCAGCAUCUAGAGGGGUUGACUAAAGACGUAAAAAUGCUGCAUAGACCCCAUUUUCAGGAGUCUUCGCUAAAUGAUAAUACUGCCACUUUUCAUAAUGCUGUUGAUGAGUUUCAUGACAGAAAAGACCCUACUGCCAUUAAUGAUGCAAAUCGAUACAGAAAUACCGCAAUAAUUGAAUUAUCAUCUGAAGAGAGCAUCUGGGAUACAGACUUGGAGGAGUCGUUUUCUGACUUUGCUAGUGAAUUGGAUCGCUCUACGACAGGUCAAUGCAAGAGAGUGUUUGCUGAAAAUGAUUUGAUUCCAUCGAAGUUUAUCAUGGAUCGAUUGACCGUGAGAAGCGCUCGAUUAUCACAUGAUGUGUUGAGAGCCAAUGAGCUGAAAGUACUUGCGGAGGCACUGGUCGGCAAUCAUUGCGUGAGAAGCCUUGAUUUGCGGGGAAAUAGGAUUGACCAUAAAGGUAUGAAAGAGCUACAUAACAUGCUAUUGAAAAAUACAUACAUCACAGAACUGAACUUAGCUGACAAUAACAUUGGCAAAAAGGGUUCAAAAUAUAUAAGCAUGAUUUUACGGGACUCGAAAGUUCUUAGGGAACUAAACGUAAGCGGGAACUCCUUAAGCGAUGCUAGAGCCUUUGAAAUUGCACAUGGCGUUGCAGCAAAUAAGAGUUUAAAAACUUUGAAUUUGAGCCACAAUCAGUUCAUGUCAACUGCUGGGAAAGAUCUUGGUUUAGCUAUAGAGAUGAACCAAAGCAUUGUUGAGUUAGAUUUGAGCUGGAACCAUUUAAGACUGCAAGGGGCAAUUGACUUCAGUUCAGGUUUGGCUUGGAAUAAAUCAAUAUGUAUCCUAAAUUUAAGCUUCAAUGGCUUUUCUGAUUGCGGGGCAGAGGCUAUAGGGACAGCCUUGGCUGUUAAUGACACACUUGAAUCAUUGAACCUUUCUCAUAAUCGCAUAAGCAAUACAGGCUGCGUAGCUCUCAGUAAAGGACUGAGCAAAAACAAAUCCUUGAAAAGACUGAAUGUUGGUUACAACCCAAUCACAAAUACUGGUUGUAUGCCUUUGAUCAAAGCAAUACAAAAAGCAGAAGGGAUUGUUGAAAUAGCGAUGGAUGAAAUCUACAUUGAUGAGGGUGCCGUUUGUCUGAUUCAAGAACUGAUGAGCCAAAGACCUAAUUUCAUAGCUCGUUAUCGUGGUGUAGCAAGGCCAAAUUGUGGUUCGUCCUCCACAGAUGACCUUUCCAAGGCGCGAACGAAAAUCUUCACAAUCUUGAAGAGGUAUCUUAGAAGAAAAAAUCUACGCAUGCUUGACUUGUUUAACAAAUGGGACAGAGAUAAAACGUUGCUUUUAACACCAGAUGAAUUUGUUUUCGGUUUCCGAGAGGCAAACAUUGCUCUUUCUCAGGACAUGCUUGAUGUAUUGAUUUCAACCCUGGAUAAAAAUGGAGAUGGAGAAAUUUCUUACGAAGAAUUUGUUGCUGUUACAAAAAUCAAAUAGAGCACCUGACAAUAAGCUUUGAAUUCUGUUAAUAUAGCAUUAUAGCAAUAUAGCAAAAUAUCUCGAAUCUUGAUAUAUUUCAAGAAAAUUUAAUGCUUGUGUGCAA